AUGUCGAUGACAACAUCACCACUCUACGCCGUGGCCGACUUCUGCCUGAUCCCAAUGGGCACACCAACAACAUCAGUAGGAGAGUACAUCACAGAAUGCCAGCGAGUGCUCGAAGGAAUGAAGGAUCAAGGGAUCCGAUACGAAGUCCACGGUUAUGGCACCAAUCUUGAAGGCAGCUUUCCUACGGUAUGCAAGGCGAUCGAGCUCUGCCACGAAGCCGUACACCGUCUGGGAGCGCAGCGAAUCGCCACCGACAUCCGAAUCGGAACACGAACGGACAAACCACCACCGACGCUGGAUGGCCAAACCGAGAAUCAGCGCAAGAAGCAGAGCGUCGUUCAGCGACUUGCUCAGAAUUGA